AUGACCCAAGCCUGCUAUACGUGCCGCCGACGGCACAUCCAAUGCGACCGCUCCGCGGUCCCGUGCGCCAAAUGCCAAAAGGCGGGCCUCCAGUGCCUCGACAAAAGGCCAGUGCGGUGGGUGCAAGGCGUCGCCAUUCGCGGAGGAAUGCGGGGACGAUCUUUCGAGAACUCUUUAGUGUCGAGUUCUCCGGUGGGAAAGAUUGAUAUCUGUUCUACCCCGGCAAACAAUCUCCAGUCUCCGACGCCUACGCAACACCACGCCAAGCUUCCCACAUCCCUCGGCGAGCUUUCGCCGCUUCUCCAACGCCAUGACGCCAUCAUUCCUGUUCGUCCGGCUUUACCGAGUGUCCCUGUGGCUAUCGGCGAUGCUGCCCUGGCCGGAUUGAAUUCGACAGCUCGAUAUUAUCUGGACUACUAUAAUGACCGGAUAUGUGAGCUGUUCAUUGUCUACGAUAGCCAGACUAAUCCUUUUCGGAAUUUGAUACCGCUCGCUUUGAGCGACACUGUCCUCCUCGAUGCUCUUCUCGGCCUCGCUGCUCGGCACAGGGCUAAUUUUGACCACCCCUUUUCGACAAGCACCACGCAAGACAUGCCAGCAUUCGCAGAGCCGCAUCAUGAGGCUCUUCGAUUCAAGCAUCGCGCCAUCCAAGGACUAGCCCAGGCGCUGAACGGUCAGAAAGGCUACCGCGACGCCACUGUGGCCACUGUCUUCCUUCUUGUUUUCCUGGACUUGCUAGAAUCGGGUUGCGACCAGUGGAACUAUCACCUUGAAGGGGCAAAGAGCUUACUGGCGCUCAUACCAAUUGAAGAUCCUGGUCGGACCGUCCAGCGGUUACGGCAGUUUAUCACGAAGCAGAUCCAUCUGAUUGAAGCGCUUGGGGCAACGUUUGUGCGUCCGCAUCUCUUGUCACAAUCCAACUCGAUAGAGCAAAAUAUCGGCCUCCUUGAGGAUGUCGUAGAGGAGUCAUUUCUUGGUUGCCCUGAAUAUAUCUUGACAUCACUGCAAUUCCUCUCCAUCCAACGGGACAUCAUGGCCCAUGGAGAUGCCACUGAUCAAGCACCAAUAUCCGAUGUGAUGUCCGUACUGAACGGGGUGAAAGAGUUCGACUGUUACUUUUGGGCAUCGACUCUGCCGCAGCAUUCUGCGAUGCACAACGUCGACGAUCUCGCCAAGCUCGCCAGGACAUACCAGCUCGGCGCCGUACUAUAUGGGCAGCGCGUACUCGAUGCACUGCAAAAUACUCGAACACAACAGGACUCUGUGGUUUCCGCACUGGUCAGCCUAGUCGAUACCUUCAAAGACGGAUCAACCUUGCUCAAGUGCAUUCUCUGGCCCAUUACGGUGGCAGGCCUAGAAUGCCAGGAACACUCCCAGAGAGAUUUACUUAUCCGCAUCCUAGAGACAUUCUGGAUAGGAACCCACUGCUUGAACGUGAUGAACGCCGCCAAAAUCCUCAAAGCCCAUUGGGCGAAGAUCGACGAAAACAAAUCGGUGGCAACGAACUGGAUCUUUGAAAUUGGCCGGUCGAGCCAUGAUUGGCUGCUUAUCUAG